GCACUGCGAGAAGAAGAAGAAGAAGAAGAUGACGCAGAAAUCGAAUCUUUUCAAAGGCCAACAGAAGAAGAAAAUCAUCCCUCCUAAUCGCCACGGAAAAGCGCCUCCAACUCGCAAAGGGAAGAGAUUCGUGAAGCCAUUGAAGGUCACUAAGGACAUGGAGAUGGACCGGGUAAGUGUUCACUCGCAUCAGAGCUUAAAUUUGUUCUGUCAAUAGAAUCUGCCAGCUUAAUGAGGCCAAUCUAUUAGCUUAAUGAGGCCAAU